AUGUCCGAAACGCCGGGCGGUCCGGAGCCGGGGAUGGGGUCGCCGGCUCCGGCUUUUAUUUCGCUUGGUAUGGUUGUGAUUGAUGAACUCCGCUUUCCGGACGGGAGGGUUCUGCGUGACGUUCCCGGUGGUUCUGGGUUUUAUGGGACUCUUGGUGCACGCCUUGCCGUCCCGGAGAAUGAAGCUGCGACUGUGUGUUGUGUCGUUACCGCUGGAUCUGACUUCCCCACGGCCGUGAGGCAGCAGAUUGAGGGAUGGGGUGUCACCGUUCACUAUGAUGAGAAGCCGGAUAGGCUGUCAACGAGAGGUCUUUUGGAAUACGAGAAUGAUGCUUUUGGAAAAAAGACGUUUCGAUAUACCGUGCCACCAUUACAGCCUGAUCUAGCCCGGCUUCCUGAACCCCUUCUUCGAUCCUCGGUGAUUCAUACCCUGGCGACGCCGGAAGAUCUCGAGCGCCAUAUGGGAGCCCUUAUGACCUUCCGCCGAGAGACUGAGAACUCAACUUCCCAAAUCGCAUGGGAACCCUCGCCUAUCAAUAUUGACAACCGCGAAGUCGAGCACUUAAGAGCCCUCCACCUCUCAGAUAUCUGUUCCCCGAAUGACCACGAACUUCUUCGCAUGAAAGGCAUAGACGGGGGUCCUGAAAUUCCAUACAAUAAAGCAUUAAUCAAAUACCACGCCAUUAGCCUCUGCAGUGGCAACAUGGCACCGGGACGUCCUGAGGUACCUGCGGAGGAGGCGCGGAACAGACCGCGGGUUACGGUCAUCAGGUGCAGCGAUCAAGGCUGCCUUACAAUUCCCCGGGGCGGCAACCCGAUAUGGCUUCCCCCUUUCCACGACCACGGCUCUCUGAAGGUCGUCGAUCCGACGGGCGCCGGUAAUGCUUUCCUCGGAGCUUUUGCAGUUGCUUUCGCAAGGACUGAUGACGCGGUGCUUGCGUCCGCGUAUGGGUCUGUGGCAGCUAGCUUUGUCAUCGAGCAGAUUGGCCCGCCUCAGAGGGAAGUCAUCGACGGCAGAGAGUGCUGGAAUGGGGAGGCGUUCGAGGAUAGGCUAAGGCAAUAUCAGCAUAAGAUCGCAGCGUGGCCGACUGAUGAAGUACUGCAAAGCAAGUAG